AGAGAGAGAGAGAGAGAGAGAGAGAGAGAGAGAGAGAGAGAGGCAGAGACAGAGAUGGCCAGAGAUCGGAGGAUCGGAGUGGCGCUAGACUUCUCCAGUAGCAGCAAGCUUGCACUUCGAUGGGCGAUCGAUAACCUCGUCGAGCAGGGUGAUAACCUUGUCGUCAUCCAUGUCAAAGGCGCCACCGCCGAUGAAUCCAAAAACGCUCUCUGGGCUCAAUCCGGAACUCCUUUGAUCCCGUUAACCGAGCUGCGGCAGCCGGAGGUGGCGAGGCAAUACGAUCUCCAGUGUGACGCAGACGUUUUGGAUUUGCUCGAUACUACUUCUAGGCAGAAGCAGGUUACUGUUUUUAUGAAGAUAUAUUGGGGAGAUCCGAGGGAGAGGCUUUGCGAGGCUGUGGAGGACCAGAGGUUGGAUUCACUUGUCAUGGGUAGCAGGGGUCUCGGUCCUUUGAAAAGGAUUUUACUUGGCAGUGUAACAAACUUUGUAGUCUCCAAUGCAGUCUGCCCCGUCACAGUAAUCAAAGAUCAAGAUUUCAAGCACUAAUACAGUACUAGAGGGCUGAAUAAUGUCUCAGCUGUAGAAUAAGAUGUUUAUGCGCGAGUGAUAUGGGUGUAUCUUCAUAUUUAACGACUGUGCUUUUACUGUUAAUAAUUGCGUGCUUGUAUGCUGCUAAUGAAUAUGCUCCGACACUUAGAGCUGUUUGCCUGCCUACUAAAUUGAGCUUUAGCCCUCAUCUAUGGAGUAAUAACAUGCUACUGUGUUACCAAUUAAUGCCGCAUAGCUUAUAUUAUAUCA